AUGGCUGACAUCGAGGGAACGACUCAGUCCCAUCCCAACCUACAACUCUCUCCAGACGAGCGCCGAUUCUUCGGCCAGCUCUUCGCCCAAGCGGACGCUGACAAACUUGGCGUUGUUACCGGCGAACGAGCUGUGUCGUUCUUUGAAAAGACGAGACUGUCUUCAGAUGUCCUUGGAGAGAUAUGGCAGAUCGCGGACACUGAAAAUAGGGGAUUACUUACGCCCUCUGGAUUUGGGAUGGUAUUGCGAUUAAUUGGAUAUGCUCAGGCGGGACGAACUGUCAACCAGGAGUUGGCAUUCAAGCCAGGUGGACCACUUCCAAGGUUUGAUGGCAUAACGACUCCGGGACCGCUGCCCUCGGCUGCGGCCCCACUGCAACAGCAAAACAGCGGAGCGAUACGCGUCCCACCUUUAACAGUAGAUCGAGUCGCGCAGUAUACAUCACUUUUUGAGGAAUCAGGCGCGCAAAAUGGAGUCCUUCCUGGGGAGACUGCAAAAUCAAUCUUUGAAAGAGCACAACUUCCAAAUGAAACACUGGGGAGAAUAUGGGCCUUGGCGGAUACUGAGCAAAAGGGAGCCUUGGGCCUGACAGAAUUCAUAAUUGCCAUGCACCUCCUCGCCUCAAUGAAGAAUGGCUCAAUGCGCGCUCUGCCUCAAGUUCUGCCCGUCGGUCUUUAUGAAGCUGCUGCGAGAAGAGGAGGUCCACCACCCGGUGCACGAUCUCGACCUACAUCAAAUGAGGCAGUCUCAGCUAUACCUAGACAAUUCAGUGGGGGGUUUGCACCUCCUCAGAAGACAGGCACUGGAGAACCAUGGCUGGUCAACCCACAAGACAAGGCUCAAUUUGACUCAAUAUUUGCGACCGUCGAUACUCAGAAUCGUGGCUUCAUUACUGGCGAGCAGGCCGUUGGAUUCUUUGGCAACGCAAGAUUACCAGAAGAAGCUUUGGCACAGAUUUGGGACUUGGCAGACAUUAAUUCGGAGGGGCAGCUGAACAGGGAUGAGUUCGCAGUUGCAAUGUAUCUCAUUCGGCAACAAAGAAGCAAGACCACAGGUCGUGAUGUCCUACCACAGCAGCUGCCGCCCCAACUCAUACCGCCUAAUAUGCGAAGGCAACCAGUUGCUCCUCAACAGCCCACCGCUCCUGCCUUCGAUAAUGCUGCAAACGUUACAAAACCUAAGUCGGCCUCUGACGAUCUAUUCGGCUUAGAUGUGCUGCCCUCUCCAGCUCCGGCCGCUCCGAUACAAGCAAGAAGCACGGGUGACUCCAGUGCAUACGCUACACCCCCAAGGAACCAGGGUUCACCUGCUCCGACCUCUGCGCAGUCCUCUCAUUUCAGGCCCUUCAUACCCUCAUCCACGUUUGGUCAAUCGAUAAUACCCCAACAACCUACUACGACAGGUACUACUAGCCCUGCCGCGACAAGAUCUGUUCCAGCGACACAGCAGCCGUCAGCUAUGGAUGACCUCCUCGGCGAUAAUGAUCCAGAAGUCAGUAAAAAGUUGACCACGGAGACGUCUGAUCUCGCGAAUUUGUCCAACCAAGUCGGUCAAUUGACCGGUCAAAUGCAGGAGAUCAAGAGCAAGGGUGUGAAUACACAGCAAGAUCUAGGCCAAGCUCAAAAUCAAAAGAGACAAUUUGAGACUCGACUCUCUGAGCUACGGGCUGCAUAUGAGCAGGAAGUGCGUGAGGUCCGGGCGCUGGAAGAACGCCUCAGAGAAUCAAGAGAGGGAACCAGGAAGCUGCAGUCCGAUUAUCACAUGAUUGGUGGUACGCAUGAAGACCUCAAGAAUCAGCAUCGGCAAGUCAGUGAGGCGCUGGUUGCCGAUCAAAAUGAGAACGCUGGUCUCAAGGAGAGGAUCAGAGCAGCCAGCGCCGAGAUUGAGCAGCUGAAGCCGCAACUGGAAAAGAUACGCUCGGACGCCAGGCAUCAAAAAGGUCUUGUCGCCAUCAAUAAAAAACAGCUGGCUACCCAUGAAGCCGAACGUGAGAAAAUCAAGGCGGAGGCAGAAGUAGCAAAAGAAGAGCACGCACAAGCUACUAGGGAAGCUGAACAGAGCCAACGCAGUCUCGAUACUGCCUCGCAAGCAAAAGCUCCACCACCCGCAACCAGUCCGCCAGUGGUGGGUAGUCCUACGCCAUCAACAGCCGCUAGCAUGAAUCCAUUCUUUCGAAGACCUUCAAAUCCACCUCCGGCAGAAAGAGGUCCAAUCGCUUCACCUUUCACGCCACAAGCCGCUUCUUCCCCUUUCGUACCACCGAGUGUAUCUUCACCUAAUCAUAAUGCCUUCGACAGCUUUUUUGGGCCUCCUGCUGUCUCUUCAACUCCACCGCCUCCUACGUCAUUCAAGAGUGACUCUCCAAGCGCAGCUACACGGACAGUCGACAGUGGCCUGACAUCAACACCGCCAGCUUCUUCGGUCACCUCUAAUACGACCGACUCCCCAGCCACUGCUAGUGAGCCACCUGCACCUCCUCAGUCGAGACAAAUUACGUCCAGUUUCCUCCCUCUUCGUCCCAACCUUGAAGACUCAGCAUCGGAAAGCUCUUCAGUGAAAGUCAUUCCACCAGCUAGCCGUGCAGGCGAAAGAUCUGAAACUCCGACAUAUGAUCAAUCGGAAGCUACCAUUCCAGAGUCGCCGCUGCAGCAUUUCCAAGAUCUCGCGUCAAAGCCUCCACAAUCUGAUCGCGCUCAAUUGACUCCACCGUCGUCGCAACAAACGCCCGAAAUCCCCGCCCAAGAAGUAGUUGCUCCACAUGUUCCUGCUCAAGUCAAUCCUCUACCUACUCCUCAUGAUGUCCCGGGUGCGUUCCCAGGAGAUGAGACUCCUUCAGAGCGAACUCAGCCUAGUCCGUUUAUACCAUCUGUCGGCCCCUAUGGUGGCUCGGGACUUGAUCCUCGCGUAGAUGCGAUCCCUGAAGUCGAGUCAACUCGGCAGGCGCCCCAUCUUCAACCUGGUAUCGCAGAUCCAUUUGGCAGGUCCAGUACACCGACAUCUGCAAAGGAUGACUUCGAUAAUGCUUUCAGCGGUUUCUCGUCGAACAAGGGCAAGAAACCGGAACAGCACAAUGGUGCUAUUACUGGCGAUCCAUUCGCACCUUCAGCUCCUCAACAGCCUUCUGAAUUCCCUCCCAUUAAGGAGCUCAAUGCGGAUGACGAAAGUGACAGUGAUAGCGAUAAGGGGUUCGAUGAUGACUUUACGACUAGGUCUGCUAAAAAAACUAAGGAGUCAGGACCAAAUGACGCUCUCCAAGGCCAAGGAGGCUUGGUAAGCGAGAAGGAUUUCGCGCCGCCGCGACUGCCUUUCAAUAUUUCAGAUUCCCCAUUGCCUACUCCAGGAGCUCAACAAUCUCCUCCAACGUAUGACCAGAUUGUUGGCCCAGCGGACGCCAAAGUCAGUGAUCGAAAAGGUUCAAACCAAUUUCCAGCAGAAUACUCGGGCUUGCUCCCUUCACGAGAUGAUCCGACAUCGCCUCCUCUAUCAAUGUCGCCACCAGAAGAGAAAUCUAACCUCAUCUCAUCUACCGGUAUCGAUCGAGGUCUGAACUUCUUCCCUGAUGAAUCCACUUCAAGACCUACUGAGGGUCCUCUCACAACCCAACGCUCCCCAAUGUCACCCGGCGCAACCAUGAACGCUCCUUACGCAUAUACUCAUACCUCACCCGACACGUCUCAACCUCCCACACUUCCAGCCAAAAUCCCACCAACCCCAAAAGACGACUUCGAUGACUUCGAAGACCUGACGCCUGCGCAAGAAGAAGACGAAAAAGGUGACGACACCAUCAACUUCGGCCGCUCAACCACCGACCCAGAUUUCAAUCCUAUCUUCGACUCGCCAUCCACCUCACACCAUGCACCAGGACAGAGUCAAAGCAGCAGCCAGUUCCCGCAUUCAACUACCGACUCCGUCAACGACUUCGCCUCCACGACCGCCGCUCCAGGACAGCAGAAACAGCCCGUCUCAGUAAGUCACGACUGGGACGCCAUCUUCGCCGGCCUGGACGCGCCCUCCUCUUCCUCUGCGCAGCAGAAUAACACAGACGAUAUCUUCGCCCCGUCCAGCGCGCCCAAUGGGACGCAACACCCAUCCUCGAUUCCACCACCACAGACGAGACUGGGAGCUGAGACGGCCGCGGCGUCGUCGGCGGGAGGGUUUGCUGGAGCACCAUCAAAUGGAGCAGAAUUGCGUAAGACUAAAUCCCCGGCGUCUGUGUCGGCGCCGGUAGAGGUCAGUGGCGAGGAUGACGAUCCAAUCUUGAAGAGGCUGAUUGGGAUGGGGUUUCCACGGGCGCAAAGCUUGAAGGCGUUGGAGAAGUAUGAUUAUAAUAUUGAUAAAGCUGCUGAGUAUUUACUCGCUACUAGUGGUAAGUAA